GCGCAGGACACCGACACCACAGCGGAACCAGCUUCCCCGGGCGCGUUGCCGCUGGGGCUGCUGUGGCGGUGGGACCCGCGCCCUGCCGGAAGCGCUGAGGCCGGGCCGGAGGCGGGAGGCGCUGCCGGAGCCUAUGGGGAGGGAGGGGGAUGAAGCGGCUGCGGAAACUGUGGCGGGGCCGCACCAUGACCUUCGGGGUCCCCCUGUUGCUGUAUCUUGUUGGAGGAUCUUUUGGACUUCGUGAAUUUGCUCAAAUAAGAUAUGAUGUCCACAAACUACAUGGCAAGGUUGAUCCAGCUUUGAAAGAAAAAUUAAAACAGAACACUGUAACACUGGAAUCUGAAUAUGAGAAGCUGAAAGGGGCUGACUUGGAUAACUGGGAGAACAUUAGAGGACCUCGUCUGUGGGAAGAUUCCAGGACUGUUCAGCAGCAGCGGCGGGAGGCUGCCCGUCUCAAGAGAGAGUGACUGAGGAAGCCUACUUUGCAUCUGCAAAAAAACCAAUAUAUUCUCAGGCUGGACUGUCUUAUUUUAAUCCAGUGUCAGGAACAGACAUGGGAGGGGAGAUUGUGCUGAGCAAUUAAUGCCCAGUAUAUAUAAGUAAUAACUGUGAGAUCAAUCCAAAAGGCACUGUAUUAUAUGAAGCUCUUUGUUUGCAUCCAUUUGCACAGAGUUCCACGGGCUGUAUAUAUGAAUUCUCAAUUAAAAAAGUAGCUGAUUAUUCUACGGAGAAUAUCCCAUUGUUUUUCAAUCCCUAUCUUUCAAAAUGGAGAUGCUUCAGCAAGGAAUAACAUUUCAGGAGUCAUUUGUCAGUACCAGAAGUUGUUGUCCUAAUGAGAACAACAGUGCUGUCAUCUAGAUGUGUGUGACUGGAUAAAUGCUGCCUCAGGGAGCCCCGUCAUAACGUCAGUUCCUUAAGAUUGGAAGGCGUAUCAGCUUUUCAGAACAGCGAGUCCAUUUUUGGCUAAAUAAUAUUCUUGUGUUUCAUUUCCAGGAACUGGGCUGUAGAGGGGCAUGUACAGAACGUCAGCUGGUGAUUGAUCAAAAGCCAUUCUUUUAGCUGUGGUUAGAUUUUUGUGAUCAGUUUAUUGAUACCUUAAUGCAGGCAGGACCUUUAAACUGGAACUUCUCAGUUUAAUUUGGAAAAAUUCUUCCUCACUGAGAGCUGUGCUGUUUCUCUGUGAGCAAGAAGUAUAGCAGAAUUUUCUUGAACCACAAUAUAUGGCAAAGCUCAUCCUGCAUGUAUUAUUACAUGCGUAUUUGUGCAUGUGCACAGAAGUUUUUUGUCUUUUGUUGAAUUCUUCUGAAAUUCUCGUCUUUUAAUAUUGGUCUUCAUGUGCUAGAUGUUUGCUGUUAGAGCAAACCACACUAACAAACAUUCAGGACCCUUCUGCUGAGACAGUUCAAUGAAGGAACAUCUAGUCAGUUUUUCAAAUGAAAUGAAGCUUCUGAUUAAGGUGUUACAACAGACUUGUAAAACACCUCUUCAGGGAAGUGGAGUAGUAGAGAACAGGUUAACAAACAAAAACAGACAAAACCCACGACAAUAACUUUUGGCAGGUACAGAAGCUGUACUUUUCAUAAAAUGGGGAGAGCUAUUUCAGCCAUGCACUUGGACAAUGGCUUCAUGUUUUAUGCUGUGCUUUUCUUAGCCAUUGAAUUGCAAAUAAUACUUACAAAGGCAUGUUGAGAGUGAAUUAAAGUUGUCAUGCGUCCUAAAGUAGAAGGUGCUCCAGAAAUGUGGAGAAUUAUAGUUUACAACACCGGCUACUUAAACUAUCCUUUUGAAAGCCAUGUUACUUAUUUAUCUGUAAGGCACCUGGGGACAACCUUGUUGAAUUCUGGAAUUGUUAUUCUAAGUAUCUGUGGCUGAGGGGGUCAGAGGUAAUUGAAUGCAAUUGUCAGUCUGAGACACUGAUUGACGUUUUUGCAUCCUCUUCGGUAACUGGCAUAUACCAGUCUGAGGGGAAUGAAAACAAGGCUUUAGUGAGACGUGUGAGGUAUUAAGGGGUAAAAGAGAGGACUAAAAAAGCCAGAUCUUCUAGUCAGUGUUGCUGAAAUUAGAAGUAAGGAAGUCUGGCUAGGUGUCUGUGUGUACGUGGACUGAAAAAUCAGUUUCAAAAUCCCUAUUUUGACAAUAAAGGAGAAAGUGUUUAUCUCUCAAAGAAA